AAAAAGUUCAUUGCUCUUUGUUUAUCAAGUUUAUGGCCCGUGUUUUGGCUUCAGAAAAAUUUAAUUCAAAUUAAAUGAUCUAAUUUAGAGCUAUGGACGAUAUAUUAGCAGGACAGAAUAACUUAAGAAAUGCUCUUACAUCAUGUGACGAUCCAUUGAAAGCCAUAGAAGCAUUCCAAUUAAGAAAUGGAGUUACAUUUCCUUCAUUACGACCAAUGCUUCCUUUACUGGAUCUUCAUAUGAUACCUCGAUUGGAUUUUCACACAUCAAUACUUGAGGAAUUGAGAGAUAAAUUAAUCCAACAAAUAAAUGAAACAAACACAAAAACUGAUGUUAAGGAUAAAAAGUUGAAGGAACUAUUAAAUAAAAGCUUUGGAUUAAUUCGAAUCAAACAGCUUCGUCCUGCAGUUAUGGCAAUUUUAAGAAAUAUGAAACAGAUUGAUGACAAAUACUUGCGAGUAUUAGUCCGCGAUCGAGAACUUUAUGCUGCAUGUGACGUUGAAGUUAAAAGACAAAUCUGGAGAGAUAAUCAGAGCUUGUUUGGUGAUGAAGUAUCACCCGAAUUGUCACAAUAUAUUCGAAUAAAAGAUACAAUCAUUUAUGAUCAUUUAAAUCUAAACAAUUUGUUCUUCUCGCCAUCACCAAAGAACAGACGUCAGGGAGAAGUUGUACAAAAACUAGCUCAUAUGAUUGGAUCAUCUGUUAAGCUUUACGAUAUGGUCCUUCAAUUCCUUCGAACACUAUUCUUACGCACAAGAAACGUUCAUUAUUGUACAUUACGUGCUGAACUGCUUAUGGCUCUUCAUGAUCUCGAUAUUCAGGAAAUUAUCUCAGUUGAUCCAUGCCAUAAAUUUACGUGGUGCUUAGAUGCUUGCAUUAGAGAGAAGCAAGUCGAUAUUAAGAGAUCACGUGAGUUGCAAGGCUUUCUAGACAACAUUAAAAAAGGUCAUGAACAAAUUUUAGGUGAUUUGUCAAUGACUUUAUGUGAUCCGUACGCAAUCAAUUUCUUGGCAACAUCAGCUAUUAAGAUUUUACUGCAUUUAGUCAGCAUUGAUGGAUUGCCAAGAAGUAACCAAAUUCUUAUUUUGUUGCUACGAAUGCUAUCAUUAGGAUUAUCAGCAUGGCGUAUGAUUGAUACUCAAGAUUUUAAGGAAUCAAAGUUUGACAUUCAAAUAUUGACGAAAUUCCUGCCUGCAUUAUCAUCACUUAUGGUUGAUGAUCAAGCUCGUUAUUUCCAUUCUCGAUUACCACCAGACGAGCGAGCAAACGCUUUAGUUGUAAUUGAUCAUGAAGGUCCAGUUCCAGAGGCAAUAGAAGCAUAUAUCCAAGAAAGUUCUGUUGCAUCAAUCCUAACUAUGUAUUAUGCACUGCAUGUAGCUAAACAAAAGGAUCGAAUUGGACUAUUGAGAAUCUUAACAAUAUUGUCAUCAUGCAAAGAUGAUCGAGCUUAUGAAGAUCCAUUCCUGCAUUCAUUAAUCGCAUACCUAAUUCCAAUGGCUGAAGAAUUUUCGAAUGAAGAAUUUUGUACAGGAUUAUUUGAUGGAUUUUUAUUUGCCGGCCUGAAUCGUGAUAAUGUCAGCAAGCAUAUAAUGAAGUUGCUAUGGUAUAUUCAUGCAAAGAUUAACAGAAUUCGAUUAAAUACCGUCAUUAAGGCCAUUGAACCAGAUUAUGCAAAUGAACUGUAUGACGCAUUAGUCAAAAAAAUCGAAUUGAUACCAGAACCCAUGCAAAUUGAGACUAAUUAAGGCAUUUGAAUUUAUGGAAUAGGAUUAAGGACAAUUUUAGGUUUUAAGCUUUGAUAUAAAAAUUUAUAAAGAAUAUAUUAAAAUGUAAUUAAAGAACUUUGAGAUAUUUUAUCAGGAACGGUACAAAGAAUUUCAAAUUGCAGCUUAAUUUCCCCUAAUUUUCAUGAUAAGCUAUGAAGAUUUCCAUAACUACAGAAUGUCAAAUCUACAUGCUUAAUAAUAAUAAUUUAAUUAAUAUUUUAAUCGCAC